UCAUCUGAUUCUAGAAAUAUCACCCUAAUCCUCUUUAGGAGCUUCCAUCGAAGAGGUGUUGACGAGCGAACUCCGAAUAUUAAACCAAUAUCCAAACUGAAAACAAAUGUAAUGCGGUGUUAGCUGGGGAGGGCUCAUUAGGACGACUGAAUGAACCGAAUCCUUUCGUCCCCCUUUUUUUUAAAAAUUAUUGUUUAUUGAAUCAAAUAUAAACACACACUCAGACAUAAUUUAAGAGCAUAAAAGACAAACAAAAAAUAAUAUGUUCCUUCCCACUCAGCUCUCGCUGCGCGACAUUCGUCAUGAAUUUUGGGCACCAGGCGUCCAAAUAGCCUCUCCCGAAAAAACACGCACCACGAUCAAUUUAGAUAAGCGAGAUAGCGCAAGCUGCACGCUAAGGCUUGAGCGCAUGGAAGUGAUAUCUGCACUUUUUGAAAAAACAUACACACACACACCUCUAUGGAUCCUUUCGAUUUCGAUUCCCGGAAACAAGGAUCAUAUGUCAUUAUAGUAGUCGGACUGCAUCUGAAAAUCAUGUACAGCUCAUACGUUUAGAUUCCAUAAUAACUUAUUCUGACCGUUAAUGAUAGAAGUCUUAUACACAUAAUUAUCGUAUUAGCGGACGGAUUGUUGAUCACCUGAGCUCUUAUAUAGAGCAUUAUUCUACUAGUCUACUUCCGGACAGACAGGUAGAGAACGAUGGAAGACAGAGGCAGCUCCCGGUCAGAUCUGAUCAAGGACCAUGGAGAGCCCAGUCCUUUGGCUGUUCUCACUCCCCUAGCCCCUGGCAGAGGAGUGCUGUUCCCUCCAUCUCUCUUUCCUCCCUGCUCUGCCCUCCUCCCUCCAGUCAUCCCCCAUUCACAGGAAGACCUGUGGCAGCUACCUGGAAGACUACGUAUAAACCCGUCUCUGUGGGAUAAGGAGGAUGUGUGCCACUGGCUGCACUGGGCUCAGAGGGAAUAUUCUCUCCUCAGAACUGAGAGAGGACGUUUUGAGAUGAAUGGCAGAGCUCUCUGCCUCCUCACCAAGGAAGACUUCAGACGACGCUGUCCCGAUUCAGGUGAUGUACUAUACGAGCUCCUACAGUGUGUGAAGCAGCAGAGAAGAGGUGUGGCCUGUGGAGACCAAACUCCACUCACCCUGACCCUCUCCCAGCCCCCUCUCAGUCUCACCCAACUCCCCCCUACUAUAAACACCCAGUCACACCAAACCAAUGGAAGCCAGGGUCCCCGACCGCUAGGAGCCAUUGUAUCAACAGAUGUGUCCAAGUGUCCUCCCACAAUCCCUAGCUCCCAGGAGGAGGAGCCUCUCAACCUGUCCAAUCAGGAGAGGCCUCAGAUAGAAGUCCCACCCAGAGAGGCCAAUGGCAAGAUCCAAGACUGCAGGUUGCUGUGGGACUAUGUGUACCAGCUGUUGUCAGACCAGCGUUACCAGCCCUUCAUCCGCUGGGAAGACCAGGAGAGCCUGGUGUUCAGGGUGGUCGACCCCAACGGACUAGCUCGACUCUGGGGGAACCACAAGAACCGAGCCAACAUGACGUAUGAGAAGAUGUCUCGUGCUCUAAGACACUACUACAAACUCAACAUCAUCAAGAAAGAACCAGGACAGAAGCUACUCUUCAGGUUUCUCAAGACCCCGCAGGAGAUCAAGCGACACCGAGUGGACCGCCUCGACUCAGCAGAUUCCCCUGAACACACACACACACCCUCACACACACUCCGGCGGGACUUCAGUGAGGAUGGUUUGGAGUUGUCCCCUGAAUACAGCCCCCCAAUCUCUAACCCCUGACUCUAACCCCUGGGGGGUUAGGUGCCAUCAUAACCAUGAAGGUAUGAACAUGGGUACUCCUGUGUUGAGGUAUUGGUUGUAUUGCACUGUGAGAUGGCUAUGUAUUUGAGCAGUAAUCUACAACCCACUAUCAUACUAUGGAAAAGUGAUGGUUCUGCUGGGUAGCUAGUGACUAGAUUCCCCAAAUAAAACACUAUUCAUCAGGAAAGAACAGAGCUGUCUGAUCACAACCGUACUCAUCUGCAGCUUCAUGAAUUACAGAAUCACUUUUAAAACUACACACACAUCUUCUGCUUACACAAAUACCACAACUCACAGUUCUGUUCCCAGUUCUUCUGAUGCCCUGGGUUCCCAGUUCUUCUGAUGCCCUGGGUUUCCAGUUCUUCUGAUGCCCUGGGUUCCCAGUUCUUCUGAUGCCCUGGGUUCCCAGUUCUUCCUGGGUCUGUGGGACAUGUGACUUGUCAAAUGCACUAUGUAAAUAGAAUUGUAAUAUGAUCAAAAUAAAAGUUCCACAUUACAAUCAGGUCUCACACUCUAAUAGCUGUCCCCAUUAGGAGCUGGGAUGAUGGGAAUAAUUAAUUUGAUCAUAAUAUUUACCUUUUGUAUAAAUAAAUGAAUAGAUUUUGA